AGUAGAAAACAUUAUUUAAUAGAUAUAAAUAUUAAUAAUAUACUAUGUAUCUAUGUUAAUAUCAUUUAAAUUUAGAGAGAAAAAGGUCAAAGUUGUGUGCCCUCAUAUUUCUGUUCUACUCUUCUUUUGUUAUAUUUUCCUCAAAAGAAAAAUCUUUUACAUACUCGGUUUGUUGAGUAAGAUAUUUAACUUUCAACUAGAUUAUGCCAUGUCACAUUAUGGGCAUCCCAUGAGACUGAAAGAUAGCUCCAUAUUAGAAGUUGACCAAUCACCCAUAUGUUUAAGUGAUUCAAGACCUUAGUUGGUGCGUAUUUGACCGGCCGGUAGAAGCAACAAGGAAACUUCCUUUUUUUUUUUUUUGAAUAUACAACAAGGAAACUUCUGUGUUUUUUUCUAAUAUACAAAUUUCUAAUUAUUUGAACCGUCAUAUGUGUAGAAUCAAGUAUCAAAUUGCCUUAGAAAUCCUUGAGAAUACAAGCUUCAAUGCCUUCAAAGGAAUCAGACCAAGAAAACUCAAAAGAAUCAUCAUCCGAGAUGGAGAUCAACUCAUGCACUCUCCAAGCCGUGAGUACCUCACCGUCCGAGAAAAUCCAUCUCCGACCAAUGACUCUCUCCGACAUAGACGACUUCAUGGUCUGGGCAACUGACAUAAACGUCACACGCUUUUGCACGUGGGAGCCUUACACGAGCCAAGAAGCCGGCAUAGCUUACAUAAACAGCUUCGUUUUGCCACACCCUUGGCUCCGAGCUAUCUGCUUAGAUGAUGACCGCGCCAUCGGCUCGAUCUCGGUCACGCCCGUCGAUAGUAUCAGAGGAGAGAUCGGUUACGUUAUCGGAAGCAAGUAUUGGGGGAAAGGGAUAGCGACGGAGGCGGUGAGGCUUGUGGCGGCGGAGAUAUUCAAGGAGAUGCCGGAGAUGGAGAGGCUUGAGGCUCUUGUGGACGUAGAUAACGUCGGGUCUCAAAAGGUUCUUGAAAAAGUUGGGUUUGUGAGAGAAGGCGUGAUGAGGAAGUUCAUGUGUCUUAAAGGGAAUGUUAGAGAUAUGGUCAUGUUUAGUUUCUUGCCUUCUGAUUCUUUGCUCUAGUCUGAUUUUGAAUAACAAAGAUCAGUCAAAGCACAUGUAUAAUUUGAUAUGAUGAUGCUCUGUUUUUCUUUUUCUUAUGUUGUUGUAACCUUAUAGAUUUUACUGUUUUACACCAAAAUUAUUUAUAUUAUUUGAGAGUAUGUGCUUUUGUAUCUAGUACCGUGUUCACUUCAUAAAAUGAAUUCACCGAUUCAAAA